AUGGUGGAAGACGAUGGACCUCGCCCCUAUCCCUUCUUCCUCAUCCUUUAUUUGAUCAACCUCCCCCCUAUCCUCUCCGUCGGACGGCCGAAAGAAGUCGAGGAAGCCACUUUCCACUCCGUCCGCCUCCCGCCAACGCUUUUCCAGAACAAUUUCCACUCCGUUCGCGAUAUGCUUCAACUCUUGGGGCAGUGGCUGUGUCGUGAGAAGCGGUCGUCGAAGUCUUCAGGGGCAAGCGGUGAAUCAGGCGGUGAUUGUUCCUGCUCCUCGUACGCAGCCUCGAAGAGAUCCUUCGAUUGA